AUGUUUGCUUCGUUUAUCUUUUGCAUACCUUUUCCUGAUCAUUUUUCAAGUUCUGUUAAUUGUGACCAUAUGAGGAAAAUGAAUGAAACAAAGAAAUGGGCUUGUGACUACUGCACAUAUGAGAAUUUCCCUGCUGCUAAGAAGUGCACUUUGUGUCGUGCAUCGCGAACACCACAGAUCAUCACAGAUGACACGUUUAACAGUGAGCAAGACAUCUAUAAAAUGGCAUCUAUGAUGUCAUCAUCAACUAACAGCAGUACACCUACCAUCAUUAACACAAGCCCUACACAAAAUGAUGUUGAGGGUAGUAGCAGUCGUAAAAGCCCUACUUUUGUUGCCCCUUGGACUGAUAAAUGGGCGUGUCAUCUGUGCACAUACUUGAAUUGGCCCCGUGCAGUGAAAUGCACACAGUGUCUGUCACCUCGAAAACAAUCUCCAACAUCUGCUAGUGUGUGCAAUCCAUCUGUUCCCCAAGUCCAGGGUCAGCCUCUUUGUAUCAACACUGAUGACCAGGGAGGUAAUAAUGUGGCCAAACGCAAUUCUCCUAAUUCUCCUGAAACUGCCAAAGACUUUUACAAUGAUAAAAAUCGAGCUGUGUCCUCGGUUUUCACACGCUCCCUCGGCAAGUGGACUUGCAAAGCCUGCACAUUUGACAACUGGCCCAAGUCCCUUAAGUGUGUUAUUUGUGGAGCAAAUAAGCCGAUACUUGAAGGCAGCACCUCAUGCCAUAACACUCCUAUUGUAUCAUCAUCCCUAGAAAUUUCAGACUCGCUUAAAUCUUCAACAAAUACCACAACCAGCCAUUCGUCCAUUUAUAUUCAUAAAAAUGAACCUCUUGACCCACAACAGCAAGUUGGGGCGACGGCUGCUUUGCCAUUCACGCCAAAUGAACAGGACAACCGCACUGAAGAAAGACGGUUGCGCCUCUUGCGAAAGCGCUUACGUGAUAAAGACUGGUCUUGGUUGAAUGCUUGCAUAGGUGUUGUCGAAGGUGAUUCUGAUGCUGUGGAGACUUACCUUGCAUCUGGGGGUAACCCUGCCCGUCAAAUGACUCAGGAUGAGGUAACCUUACUGAAAAGACCAAGUGCAUUUGAGGUGGGAUACACCUUAGUGCACUUAGCAAUCCGGUUCCAACGUGAGGACUUGCUUGCAGUUUUGCUGACUGCCACAGAUAUGGCAUCUAAGGUGGUCAAGCGUCUUCCAUCCCACUCUAGCCCUGAUUUGGCUACUGACAUUCGCAGAGAAAUCUCAACAUAUCUUAGGCAACGAAAAGGAGACUUCCCUUGCUAUUUUUUUACAGAGUAUGCAACAUUUGCCUUGCCUAAUGAUAUUGAUGAUCUACCCAGACAUAUCCAUUCCAAACUUUUUGAUGAGCUUCUUGAUAAAAAUGUACAAAGUGAAUUGGAAGUUGAAGAAUCUAUAAUAAAUUGGAGUUUGGAAUUAACAGAUAGAUUGAGUAGCCGCUUGUACGCCUUAUGGAACCGAACUGCCGGAGACUGCCUUUUGGAUUCAGUCUUGCAAGCCACUUGGGGUGUCUUUGAUGUAGAUAAUUCACUACGUAGAGCUCUUGCUGAGAGCCUCAGCGAUGGUGCAAUGAUGUUCUACCCUAGAUGGAAAGAAUACGAGUCCAUGCAAGCCCAGUCCUUACACUUCACUCUGGAUGAAAGUCAGUGGCAACACGACUGGGCUGUGCUCCUCAGCCUUGCUAGCCAACCUGGUGCAUCUUUAGAACAAAUGCAUAUAUUUGCACUUGCCCAUAUACUUCGCCGACCUAUUAUUGUGUAUGGGGUUAAGUAUGUGAAAAGUUUCCGUGGAGAGACUAUAGGUUAUGCUAGGUUUCAAGGUGUAUAUUUACCUCUGUUAUGGGAGAGAAGCUUUUGCUGGAAGACCCCAAUCACUUUAGGUUACACACGAGGACAUUUCUCUGCUUUGGUGCCCAUGGAACCAGACACAGACGUUAUGAUUGGGGCCGGGGCCAACAUAGAUUCCAAUGAGGAUGACCAAAUAAUUUAUCUCCCUUUAAUUGACAGCGAGGGGAAACUGCUUCCGGUUCAUUUCCUGAGUCGUUCUGAAAUUGGACGUGAAGAGAGCAUCAUUCGAGAGUGGUUGGAUUGCUGUGUGACCAAAGGUGGAGUUUUAGUGGCUCUGCAGAAGCUGGGCAAACGGCCUUUAUUAGUGAAGCAAAUGGUGGACGAGUGGCUUGACCAUUAUCGCCAAUUGUCACAACACAUGGUUGCCACCAGUCACCAGGCCAGCAUCUCCUCAUCCGCUCCGACUUUCUCCAGUGAUGGUGAGAGCGAUGAGGAGUAA